AUGGCUCAUGCGGAGAAGCCGCAUAUACUUCCACCAAGACCUAUGAAGAGUCUGACGUCGCACUGGAGAAGGUUGGCAUCAGACACACUACAGUGGAUAUCUUGCUAUGAUGAAGCGGGUAGACUUCCGGAGGGAGGGAGUGGUUACAACAAAGCUGACCGUAUAAAAAGUGCGUCGAAGCUUUUUCAUCUCGCCCAAGGUCGCAAUUUCGCUUUUCCUCACGCGGUUGAAAUGAUUAAUAAAGAUCCAAAGUGGAGGCCAAAGCUGAGAUGGUCCUUGUCAAAGGAGGAAAGAAAAGCUGCUUGUGAUGUUGAGGAGCAAGGUAGUGCUGGAAGUGGGAAGAGGUCCAAAGAUGAUGGAGGGGAUGAAACCCCUACGGAUGGUUUUUCAUCUAGAGGAAUACAACGACCCAAAGGUGUGAAGAAAGCAAAGGCCAAGCGUAAAGGGAAAGAAGUAGCUUCAGAAAGUGCUUCGUCUGAGCUUAGCAAACGAUUGAAGGAAUUUGCUACAAUUCGCGAAAGGGAGGCCAUUCUGAAGGAAUAG